GUCCCUCAGCCCCGGGGCGCAGCGCUGCCCCCCAUCCCCUGCACCUCUCUGCUUAGGCGUGGAUGGCGCCGGCUUGGAGGGAAGAAAGGGGGUGGCAGAGAGGGGUUCUCCUGAACUGCUUCCAGAUCUGGUGCAUAUGGUGCAUUUCUUCUCCAGGAGUGAAACACUGAGAUGGAGGAAUGUAACUGGGAAACUCAGCCUAAUCCCUCCUGCCGGGAAGCGCACUCCUCAUUACCCCACAGGAUUGGCUGCUAUCCGCCUCUCCUGCUCCGGCAGGGCUUCGCACCCGCUCGGUCAUUUCCCUCAUCUCCCCUUCCUUAGCGUCGCUACUUCCAUAAGGAUAUAUUCCCCUCGUUUAGGAACAAUUUUUAGAAAUUAGAUCUCCUCCUCUCAAAACUAAAAAGAGAAGAGGCAGCCCAGCAGAUCUUAUUCAUGAAAAAUUCCCCAAGCCCUUCUAGUCAGUGGGAGUUUCACACCAAGAAAGGCCACAAGAUGAGGCAAACUUUCCCAGAGCUCAGUACUUAGAGAAAGCACUGGAAGUCCACACGCUGCAACCAGAGGAACUUUGCCUUCCUUAGCACCAGUGGAGUAGAGGACCAAGAAACAAGACAGCAUGCUGAACUGUAUAAGACCAAGAGCUGUGCCGCAGUGUGCCAACCCAUGCAGCACAAUGGCUGCGUUCCCUGUCUUGGAGCAAGAAACGUUAUUCCGGAACGGAAGCUGGAGCUAUCGAAUCCCAGCCCUGCUCUACCUGCCGCGCUUCAGCAUGAUCCUGGCCUUUGCUGAGGAGCGAGAGGACCUGGUGGAUGAACACGCCAAGCUGAUAGCCAUGCGCAGAGGCGUGUAUGACCCAGCCACGCAGCACGUUCAGUGGAAAAGGAUGGAGACUCUUGUCAGUGCACAGCUGGAAGGCCACCGAUCUAUGAACCCCUGCCCGGUAUAUGAUGAGGUCUCAGGGAAACUCAUCUUGUUCUUCAUAGCUGUCCCAGGAAAGAUCUCUGAGCAGCAUCAGCUGAGGACAAAGACCAACCUGGUACGUCUCUGCUAUGUCACUAGCAUGGACCAAGGACACACCUGGAGCACUGCCCAGGAUGUCACUGACAGGACCAUUAGGAAUGAGUACAAGAACUGGGCCACGUUUGCGGUGGGGCCGGGUCAUGGUUUACAAUUGCUCAACGAGGCCCGGAGCCUUGUGAUUCCUGCCUAUGCCUAUCGUAUCUUGGACCCCAAGAAACACCCCACCCCUCAUGCCUUCUGCUUCAUCAGCUCUGACCAUGGGACAACAUGGGAGAAGGGGAACUUCGUGGGGGAGGAGAGCGCGGUGGAGUGCCAGGUAGCAGAGGUGCAUACCUGUGGCAGAAAGGUCCUUUACUGCAAUGCAAGGAGCAACAGAGGAGCCAGGAUCCAGGCUGUCAGCUACAACCAUGGGCUGGACUUCAAGGGAGGCCAGCGGGUUGAAAUGCUAGUAGAACCUCCAUCUGGAUGCCAUGGAAGUGUUACUGCCUUUCCACCUCCUCCAGAUGCCACAUGUCAAGAUAGUUGGUUACUCUAUGCUCAUCCUACAGACCCAAGGGGUCGAAAAGAUUUAGGAAUUUACCUCAACAAAAGCCCUUUAAAUCCAGCACACUGGACAAAACCCAGCAUACUCUUCAAGGGCCUGUGUGCUUAUUCGGAUCUGCAGUACAUGGGUGUUGGGCCCGAUGGCUCACCUUUGUUCUCCUGCCUCUUUGAAUAUGGGACCCACAGACAAUGUGAAGAGAUUAUUUUUGUCAUGUUCACCUUGAAGCAAGCCUUUCCCUCAGAACACUGAGUCUCCAGCCUUUCCAUCAGCAUCCCUCCGAAAACCAUCUUUGCUGAUGCUUUUUAUUGUCAUUUCUCAUCCCUCAGCAAGAGGUUUUUUUAACUCCUGAUGCACACAUAGUUUGGUGUUGGCUUGUGUCUGUAGAU